AUGCCUAUUGAAUAUGCAGAAUUGUUAAAGCACUGCCUAACAUCUGGCUAUCUCAUGUGGAAGGAUGAAUUCUACAUACAAGUAGAUGGAGUAGCAAUGGGUUCGCCGGUUUCCCCCGUUGUCGCAGAUAUAUUCAUGGAAGACUUCGAGGUGCGAGCCCUUAGCUCUCCUACAAUAAGACCCUUAAUUUAUAAACGCUAUGUAGAUGACACUUUCACAAUAUUAAAUAAAAACAAAACAUCUGCUUUCUUGAACCAUCUUAAUUCUAUCAAUAAUAAGAUCCAGUUUACUAUAGAAUUAGAGGCAAAUAAUUCUUUAGCUUUCCUUGAUAUACUAGUCAUCAGGAAUCCUGACAGUACUUUGGGACAUACUGUUUAUAGAAAACCCACACAUACGGAUAGGUACCUCAAUGGUAAAUCACACCACCACCCUGUACAGUUAGCUACCGUUGGUAAAUCUUUGUUACAGAGAGCACAACACCUUUGUGAUGCUGACCACCUAGAGGCCGAGCUGCAGCAUGUAAGACGUGCUCUGACCAUCAACAGCCUGCCCGUGCCUCGCCAGCAUCGCAAGAACCAGAUGAAGCCACCUACAGUUGAGCGACAACCUGCAAUUCUACCAUAUGUAAAGGGAGUUACUGACAGAAUAGGCAACAUCUUGAAGAAGGUUUCAAUCAAGACUAUUUAUAAACCACAUAAGAAAGUGAGCCAAUUCUUGAGACCAAUCAAGAGUAACAUUCCUUUACAACAAGCGGGUGUAUAUAAACUUGAUUGUGACUGUGGCUUGUCAUACAUCGGACAGACAAAGAGAAGCAUCGGUACAAGGGUUAAGGAACACGUUUCAGACGUCAGGAAUAGGCGCGCGUCGAAGUCAGCAGUGUGCGAACAUGCAUUGGACAAACCAGGCCAUUACAUUAGAUUUGAUAAACCACAGAUCCUCGCUCGUGAAGACAGAUAUAUACCAAGGUUAAUCCGCGAGGCUAUUGAAAUUAAAAAACACCCAAAUUUCAAUAGAGAUGAUGGCUGGAACCUAUCAAACACCUGGGAUCCUCUUCUUAAAAAUAUGAAAUCCCAUGUCCGUGACCACACCGCAGGACCUCAAGACACCGUGAGCGCAUUUUGCCGGCAUCCAGAGCGGUACGCAAGACAAUUAAGAAAUCGAUGGCGGUGGGAGAUAAAUUGA